GGACAUCUGAGGACAUCUUCUCAAGGACUGUGGAAUUACACUGAAAAGAAUCAACAGCUCAAUGGAGAAUGACAGGGACACCCUGCAGAGUUCGCUGCAGCAGUACAUUUCAGACUGCUACAAUGACAUAGGAAUCAUCAGAGACUUCACUAACAGGAGUGACCAGUGGGAACAGGCCCGGCAGGCAGAGGUGCAGGAGCUGGACCGGAGCGAACUGUCUGAGCUGGAGAUGGGAGCUGUCCUGGAAAAGACACUGGCUGGGCUGAAGGACCUGCAGAGCUUCCUGGAGGCUGUGGAGCAUCUGGUGGCUUCUUCAGUGCAUGUGUUCCUGCAGCAGAACAACCCUGAGGUGUAUGGAGUGGUCUUGUCCUGCCAUGUUAUGGCUCCUCUGCUUCUGCUGUUCAAAAAGGACACUGAGCUGUUCUUCAAGGCUAAAAUCCUUAACAAAGAGGUCCUCCAGAAGCAGCUGAACAGCUACAUCAGGACUGCGAGGAUCCUGUGUGAGGGCUUCAAACAGAGUCCUCUGGAUUACAUCAGCCUGAAUCCACCUCAGAUCCACCUAGAAGACGUGUCUGAAGAGGACAGUCAGAGGAUGCUGUCCCAAAUCCAAGCUCUCCUUGCUCUCAGGGCGGACCCACACUUCAGGAUGCUCUGCUUGUUCCAAGGCAAAUCUUCCACCUUCAGGCAGAUGUUCUCUGAGCUGAAGCCACAGAUGGAGGAGUGUUUGGGGCAGUUAGAGGAGUGUGCUCAGAAGCUGGACAGCAUGAAUCUGGGAGCCCAUAUCUCUGGAGUGGUCAGCAGCACAUUGGGCAUCAUUGCGGCCAUCCUGGGUGUGAUUGCUAUCCCACUAACAGGUGGUACUUCUCUAGCGCUGACCGCCACAGGUGUGGGUAUCGGAGCGGCCAGUGGAAUCCAGGGCAUAGUGACCAUUCUUGUGGAGCAUGGGGUCAAUAACACACAGAAUGACAGGGCUAAAGAGGUAUAUGAAAAGUGUAUGAAGCUGAUGAAACAGAUGCAGCAAUCUGUGCACGAUAUCAUCCAUGAGCACUUCCAGGGUGUGAGUAAUAACGUCCUGAAAGAAAGUUUGAUUGGCAUGUACAAUGGUGGGGUGUUGGUCUAUAGUCUGUUUGGAGCAGUUGAUACUUUUAAAGAGUGUAUCAAGGAGGGGGAGGUGGCUGCGGAUGCUGCAUAUGAUGCCAGUGAGGGAACGCUCGAGGUGAGCAGGGUUGUGGGCAAAGGUGUGCGGCUGGCAAGAGUGGGUCAAGUGGUAACUGAGGGCUUGAAUGUAGUUUUUGCAGGUGUGGAUGUCUACUUUCUCUGCAGUGACAUCAAAGGUCUGCUCGAUGGCACAGAGACAGAGGUUUCCAAGUGGAUCCGGGCCAGAAGCGGUCUGUGCCGCGCCGAGAUCCAGUCCUGGCAGAAAACCCAAGAUCUGAUUGGCCAGGACGAGAGGCUUUCUGAUCAAGAGCUCCUGAAAAAGUAUUUUUGGCCCGAGCAGAGCCCUGCCCUGCUGUAG